UCUAGAAGCAAUUAAGCUUAUAUUUCUAUCCUUUUAUUCCACUACAGCAACGAAACAGGACAAAACUGACCGCUACACGUUCUUAACUUACUCAUAAAUUUUAGGGUUUUUCAUUUUUCUUGGAGAAAAUUUGGAGAUUAGGAAUGGAUCCAGGAAGUGCAUCAGGGCUUGGCCAUAAUUCUCUCCCACCGGCUUUCCACACCAGAGACUUCAAUCUCCAACAACACCACCACCAACAGCAACAACAACAGCAAUUCCACCACCAGCUGCAGCAGCAGCAAAACUCCGAAGAGGAACAAAUUAGUGACACAAGUGGCCUCAAACGCCUCCGAGACGAAAAAAAUGACGACCUAAAUGGAGGCGGUAGCCAAGGAAAGGAAGGAGAAAACCUAAGACGCCCCAAAGGCCGCCCCGCAGGAUCGAAAAAUAAACCCCAACAGCCCAUCAUCAUCUCCCGGGACAGCGCUAACGCAUUCCGCACCCACGUGAUGGAAAUCUCCGAUGGAUGCGACAUCAUGGACAGUGUAGCCACAUUCGCACGAAGACGUCAACGGGGCGUUUGCAUCCUGAGUGGGAACGGAACGGUCACUAACGUGACACUCCGUCAGCCAGCUUCCCCUGGCGCAAUUAUGACACUUCAAGGCCGUUUCGAAAUACUAUCACUCUCAGGAUCAUUCCUGCCCCCGCCAGCCCCGCCCGAGACCAUCGGGCUAACAAUAUACCUGGCUGGCGGUCAAGGCCAGGUUGUUGGAGGAAGCGUGGUAGGUGUACUUAUAGCAUCGGGUCCGGUUGUCGUGAUGGCAGCUUCUUUUAGUAAUGCCGAGUAUGAGAGGCUGCCGUUGGAGGAGGACGUCGGUCCAGGGCAUCCGUUAGGAUCUCCUGGAGGACAGAAUGCGCAACAGAAUCAGCAGCAGUUGCUGGCUGAUCCGUCGAUGUUUCAUGGAAUGCCACCGAAUCUUCUGAACUCUAUACAAUUGCCAACGGAAGCGUUCUGGGCUACGGGUAGGCCUCCUUAUUAAGCGACAAUUUAAUUGUUUUUGUUAAGUCGGUGAACUAAAUUACUUUGAAUGUUGAUUUAGGAAAGGUUGAUUAGAGAUAAUGAUAGUUGUAUUAUUCGAAAUUCCGCUUUGUUUAUUUUACUUAGGUGUUGGUUUAAGUGAGUUAUGUGAUGAUUAAUUGAGUUGAGAUUAAUGGGCA